AUGAGCAUGAGCAUGAGCAUGCACAUGAGAGCUGCUCUCAGUCGCAGCCACUCUCUCACCACCACUCCUGUCGGUCUCUUGCCCUUGCUGUCGACAUGGCGCCCCAUCUCGUCCCUAUCAAACUGCUCCUCGCCUCACAAGCCCAGACACAGACCUCUGCGCACGCUGAGUCCAGGUUCCCGCAACAACAGCACGUCACCCCAGAAGCUAUCGCGGUCUGCUGUCAAAAUAGAGAGCAAUGACAUCAAUUUUCAGUCUGUUUCCUCUUUUGACAAAUUCGCGGAGCAGGCCGUCCGAGAAAAGACCACAAGCCCUGGCACCCCUCAGAACGAGCCCACUUACAAGGCCCCAUCUCACAAUCCUCGUCUGCUUUUGCUGCAACUCUUCGAACGCCUGGUAGAGCGCGGUCUUCUGCCUCAGAUUACCGCUCAGCCGCAUUCUUCUUCUUCUUCUGCCGAUGGCGAACAAGUCUGGACUGUGACUAUAUCUCUGCCUGAGUGGGGCAUUGAUGUCAAGGGUCGUGGCUCAAGCAGACUGUUUGCAGAAGUCGCCGCCGCUACUCAGUUCGACCUCGCGCUGAGUAGCCCUGAGGCUGUUGCCAAGUUGCAGUAUUAUCCACGGAGCCAUGUCUCGUCCGAUAAUGCGAAUCACAUAGUACAGUCAUACUGGCAGUUUGCUCUGAACUCCAGCGGACCCCUCAAGCACACUAUCACGAAACUCGAGUCGGGGGCUUAUGAGGCUCGCACGUAUGUAGGGAGCACCGACAUUGGGGAGCCUGCGACGUCGGCUGUGAAGAAAGUGGCCAGAGGCAUACAGAACUUAAGCCUGGCCCUUGCAGUCGCUACAGGUCAUCCGGGUUUGUGGCACGCUGGCCUUCAGGAUCCCUUCCAGCCCAAGAUUGUGCUUGAUCACCCACGCUGUGAAAAGCUGCAGCACUUUAUCACUGCCGCAACUGACUACCUCCGUUCAACGCCCAAUUUCUCACACGGCAGUCGUUACGAGGUCGCCCUGAAACCUUCCUCCCAUAGAACCGGUGCUAUAGAAGAAGGAGAGUCUGAGGCUGCAAAACAACGCGAUAUCCCUGAAAUCAACUCAUGGCUUACGGCCUUGCCGUUCCCGCCCUCUACGGCCAAGAUGCUUGUUGUGGCUGCGAGCACCAGGUGCCUUGAAGGUGCCAUCUUAGUCGCGGCUGUCGAGAAGUAUUCUGUCUAUCGGGAUGGGGCCCGUCGCGGUAAAGAAGAGGAUGGUUAUCAAAAUUCAGCUCUCUCAAAUGUAAUGGAAGGCGAUCAUGCAGGUAUGGUCCUGUUUUUCAAGCGACUCCGAGAACUCCUCAGAAAGACCCAAAACAUCGAAAUCCAAAACGACCCAGGGGACCUUUCCAAGCCAAACCUCAGCGCACAAAGUCAGACCAAGAGUGUCGUGACACCCGGUACGAAUCGUAUGUCAAACCAUCACGAGGAGUCAUCAUCGUCAAUCAACAACUAUCCCGGACUCGCUGAAUACCCAUUCACAAUUGAUGUUGAAAGUUUCAGGCGUUUCGCUCAUUUUAAUCCUGACGCAAUGGACUCAGUCAGUGCUGCCGCCAGAGGAAUUGAGCGCGUUUUGGCCACAGCUGGUCUUGUCAGUUACCCUGAAAAAACUUACAUGAGUGUGCCAGGAAGCAAGCUCCGAGUACGAGCAGAACCCUAUGGCGGCGCCUCUUUGAGCCACAAUAUGCACAGGAAUAACAUGUUGCGCCAUCUUCUCGUGCUAGGUUUCCCUGAGAACAUUGCUCAACUUGGGCACCGCAGCUUGGUCCCUGGACAACCGCCACAGCUGCGAAUCGACUCUCAGGAUGUGCACAUAGACUCGCCACUCCGAGCACACAUGCCUAUGAAGCAGCUUUCCAAGAACUUGAAGAAUGGUGGCUUGAUGAUUCUUACUGGAGCGACUGAAUCCCCGGCUGGUGGCGGCCUCAGAGCUCGUUAUUGCACCCCUAUCUCGACAUGGCAAGCUGUGCUCUUAGGGAAAGAUCUGUCACUUCCAGAUGGCAGUGAGACUCCCGUGAUAGGCGCUGCCCAGGUCAUUGUCAACAACUGGCUUCCGGUCCUUAUCAAGUCCGAGGUGGAGGGAGUCUCCAACGAGCAGGCCCGGGAUAUGCUCUUCGAGGCGCGUGAGGCGCUCCGCCGCGCGAUCGACAAGGCGAUUCACGAUUACUUCAGAUUCUCGUGGCAAUCACUUGGCUUCUAUAAGUUGUUGGGUGAAUUCCCAAAUGAGCGCGGGUUCGAAGCCGAGGCGCAGUCCAAAGAGCAGCAGGAUGCAAUGGGGGAUGGGGCGCGAGGACCCACUGCCGCUGCGAUCAGGCAUCCAGCUACUCCCAAACAUGAGAACACCCACAAAGGGAAAGUCCAGAGGUCGAAAGCCCAAGAAAAUUGA